AUGACCAACAAUAGUUCACCCCAGCCCGUAGCAGCUACUCAACAUUUACCACAUACUUUGUUGAACUUCAGUGACUACGAUCUGUGGGUUCUUGAAAUAUUUCUCAACGUUGGGUUAGGUUUAUCUUUGGGUGUCCUUGGAGUUGUGGUCAACAUUUUAAACCUGCUGGUCUUGUCACGACACAACCUGAAGGAAACCACCAACAUAAUGUUGCUGUCUCUGUCUUCACUGGAUCUCUUUUAUUCUAUCACGUCGAUUUUCUUACGUUUACCUAGCCUGAUUAAACUUAUUGAUCCAUAUUUUGCUAUCACCUACCAAACGUUUAUAAAGUUAGCGGUUCUUAUGCCUAACGCUGUGUGCUUCGUCAUCACAAUACUCCACGUCACAGCUAUAGGAAUUGAAAGAGCCAUCGCCGUGUUAUUUCCCUUUCACGUGUCUCGUAUAUUCACACCCUACAGAGCCAAAUGGAUGUUGCUUGCUUUAUACCUAUUCGGGUCUAUUCCUGUUUGGCCUUACUACUACCGUUUUACUUACAGAUGGGUGUUUGUUCCAAGCAUAAAGAAAACUAUCGCUGUCUUGGCGUACACAGAUUUUUUUGUAAAUAACAUGACAAUCAUACUUGACUACGUGAAUUACUUUGUUAACAAUACUACAACUACAAUACCAAUUAUCAUAGUGUUUAUUUGUUCCACGUUGAUUAUCUUUCAACUUACGCAGCUAAAAAGAAAAGGGUUGUCGGGCAGAUCCUCAAAGCAGGUGAAGGAAAUAAAAGUCGUGAAGAUGUUGCUGGUUGUUUGUCUCGUCAGCUUCAUGGUGUUGGUACCAGAGCAUGUGAUCAACACCUACCUGACAACACACUUCGAGGAGCUUUCUUGGAAUUUCUACGACCUUAUCGUUUACCUUAUCCCCGUUACGUAUCAGGUGAACUCCUGCGUCAACUUCUUCAUCUACAUCACGAUGAGCUCCAAGUUUGCCGAGACUUACAAAACACUCAUACACGGGUCAUCAAAGAAAUAG